AAUUACGCGGGAGAUAAAUCAAUAGUUUGAGCAACACACUUUUUUUCUGACAGUCGGCAAGUUACUUUUUUUUGGGGUCUGCAAACAUGCCCGCCACCUCAGAAAUACACACAGAAAACAGCCGUGAGGUGGUGGAGCAGGAGGAGAAGUCUGCAGCGGUGGAGCAGGAGGAGAAGUCUGCAGCGGUGGAGGAGAAGAAUAACUUCGGUGUUUUGUGCGAUGAACGCGGAUAUGUGGCCCAGGUCGAGCACAUCAUGCAGCACGGCCGCAGGAAGGGAGACCGGACCGGGACCGGGAUCCUCUCAGUGUUCGGGGCUCAGUCCAGAUACAGCCUGAGAGAUCAGUUUCCUUUGCUGACGACCAAGAAAGUGUUUUGGAAAGGCAUCCUUGAAGAAUUGCUGUGGUUUAUUAAGGGAUCAACGAAUGCCAAGGAGCUGUCAGAGAAAGGGGUGAAGAUUUGGGAAGCCAACGGGUCGCGGGGCUUCCUGGACAACCUCGGGUUCACUGAUAGAGAGGAAGGAGACCUGGGACCCGUGUACGGGUUCCAGUGGAGGCACUUCGGCGCCGAGUACACAAACAUGCAUGCAGAUUACACAGGACAAGGUGUUGACCAGCUGCAGAAGAUCAUCGACACCAUCAACACGAACCCGGAGGACAGACGGAUCAUCAUGUGUGCCUGGAACCCCAAAGACCUGCCCCUCAUGGCUCUGCCCCCCUGCCACGCCUUGUGUCAGUUCUACGUGUGUGACGGCGAGCUGUCGUGUCAGCUGUACCAGCGCUCAGGCGACAUGGGCCUCGGGGUGCCUUUCAAUAUCGCCAGCUAUGCACUUCUUACCUACAUGAUCGCACACAUCACAGGACUCAAGCCGGGCGACUUUGUUCACACACUGGGAGACGCUCACAUCUACGUCAACCACAUCGAACCUCUCAAAGUACAGCUCCAGAGGGAGAUCCGCCCCUUCCCCAAGCUGAAGAUCCUGAGAAAAGUGGAGAGCAUCGAUGAUUUCUGUGCAGAAGACUUUGAGAUCUGCGACUACAACCCUCAUCCCGCCAUUAAGAUGCAGAUGGCUGUGUAAAGAUCCCACUUUGACUUUAAUGAUGAAUACAAAAUGUAUCGCUUUAUAUGUCCUGUAUAGUACGUGUUAUUCACUCCUGGGUUUUAGUAUCAUUUCUUGCUGAUUUUUGGUGAACUGACAAGUGUUUUCCUCUACCACUGUAAGUCUGAAAUUGCCUUUUAGCUGGGAAAUUUUCCGUUUUUCAACUGUUAUUGAACAAGUUACUGAACUUGUAAUUUAUGAAUAAAGAAUCUAAACUUGUGUCAACUUGAUUUGUACAGAAUUUUUAACCCACAGGAGCCCAGCAGUAACACACAAUUUAAUAUUACAAAGGUCUGAAUUUGACAGCGCCUGCUACCCUUAUGCUCUUCAUUUUCACUCCCCU